AUGGCUAGAAACAAACGUAAAGUGGUAAAGGACAAAGAGAAAUUUAAGAAAAUCAGAAAGGAAGCCCGAAAGAGGUGGCGGAACAAAAAGGCUUACGAGAAAGUGUUGAAGAAUGCGCAGAAGGAGCUCGUCCCUGGUAAACUCGCCUCCGAGAAAAUAAGCAGUCCGGUUGCCCAAUUGCCGGAGAAAACAGCCCCAAAAGACGCUGCGAAAUCAAAGAGACAAGUUGAACAUCGCCACGUGAGAGAGUUAGAUCCCUCCUUAAUCGUGAGAUCGGAAAAGUUUUUGGGCUGUGGUAGUUUUGGAAAUUGCUACCUAGCUCAUUAUAGGGACGUCCUAGUUGCCGUAAAAGAAUUCAAAGCUGAAACGUUUGGCCGUGACAACAUGAAGAAGGAAGUUCGACACGAGGCAAAAAUGAUCAACCACCUCGAAGAUCACCGCGGAGUCCCCCUGCUCUUUGGUAUUGUGACCAAGAGUGAGCCCCUACGUCUCAUCACAAAGUUCCACGGCCGUAAAGACAAGAGUGUAACUUUGUCCAACUUAAUCAGGAAGAAGAAGCUGGACAAACCAACUUGGCUUGGAAUAUUGCAAAACACCAUCGAAGCUUUGGACCACAUACACUCUUGUGGCAUUCUGCACAACGACCUGAAGAGUAACAACGUGGUGAUGGAACAGCGCGAGCAGAAAUGGAACCCUGUUAUAAUAGAUUUCGGGAAAGCACGUUUUUUUUCCGAUCCCAAGCCAGUGAUGUCGUUGCCCGAAGUCAAACAAGAAAAAUACAAGAAGCGAUAUCCUCACAUUGCCCCUGAAAUCGUAAACGGUAGUGGUAGGCAAAGUUAUGCAUCAGACAUUUACUCGUUGAGUAAAAUUGUUUUAGCUGUAUUGGAUUUGCUUCCUACAGCAACUUCAAGGUCACUACGGGUAGCAAAACGUGCACUUUGCGAAGAACCAGAUGAACGCCCCUCGCUGAAGGAUAUGUUGGCCGCGCUCUGA